GAUUGUUCUUAUUUAUCAUUAUUUUGUGAUAAUAUACCUUAUUUUUGGUAUAUCCUCACCAUAUAUCCCUUGGGAUACUGCAUUCUCCUUACAGAGACUUGGCUAAAAAGAAGGCAGAGAAGAGAGGGUUUUAACCAAGAAGAUCUGGAAGGGGAAAAAACAACGGCCUUAGAACAGCAGCGGCUGCUGCAGAGUCGGGCUCUGAUGUUAAUGUGAAAUCUGGUAAAAUGACUGAUUUCAAAUCUGACUAUGAAAUAAUGUUAGAGAUGAAGAAGAAAAUGAGUGGUAAAAGGCAGAGGAACCGGGAUGGAGGCACUUUCUUAAGCGACGCAGAUGAUGCAGUAAAUGCUAUGAUUGUGAAGAUGAAUGAGGCAGCAGAGGAGGAUAGGAAUCUCAACUCCAGCAAGAAACCAGCACUGAACAAGAUAACCCUCCUCCCCACUGUAGUGAUGCAUCUCAAAAAACAAGAUUUGAAAGAAACCUUCAUUGACUGUGGUGUUAUGUCUGCAAUUAAAGAGUGGCUCACUCCUCUGCCUGAUCGAAGCUUGCCAGCUCUAAAAAUCCGAGAGGAACUACUGAAGAUACUACAAGAGCUGCCAGGUGUGAGCCAGGAGACUUUAAAAUACAGUGGCAUUGGCAGAGCGGUUAUGUAUUUAUACAAACACCCCAAAGAGUCUAGACCCAACAAGGAUAUUGCUGGCAAGCUAAUUAAUGAAUGGUCACGACCUAUUUUUGGAUUGAGCUCCAACUUCAAGGGGAUGACCAGAGAGGAGAGAGAGCAGAGGGGUCUGGAGCACAUCCCAAAGCGUAGAAGACUGAGCAGCAUCAGCUCUAGUUUUGGAGGUCAGACACUAUGCUGGGACAUGGAGAAAGUGCUGACAGGAGGAGAGAAGGCAUUACGACCAGGUGACCCAGGUUUCUGUGCCCGCGCUCAUGCUCCCCUGCCUUCCAACAAAGAUUAUGUGGUCCGUCCACAGUGGAAUGUGGAAAUGGAAUCCCCACAGUACCAGAGAGGCGCAAAGAAAGGUGUGAGCCGAUUGGACAAACUGAUGAGGAAGUUUGCAGGCAAACCGUUCUUCCCAUGCUGUUAAGCAUCCAGAUAGUGAUUGGGCUCUUAAUGAACUUGCUGUAAUUUAAUUAGAUUCUUAUGAGCCUUUUGCUAUAAUACAAAAAAAAAAAAAAAAAAAAAUCUUUCCUCUGUAAAUGUGUUGCAGGAGACCUUGGCCUCUCCUGCUUACUGACUCUAAUUCCUCUCACUAGCCCUUUUGGGUUUUAUUCA